GUAUGUAAACAUAACAACGGAUGCUGGCAGUCCCGUCCUCUUCGUCAAUGGCUACAGCCGUGCUAAUAGCCGCUGUGGUCGGCGGUGGAGUUCUGCUCCUGAUGCGCCGUCUAUUCCCCAGACAGAAACCAGUUAAACUGCUCCGGUAUCCAGCCGGCGUCAUGGGAGGAAAGACCGUGAUAGUCACCGGGGCUAACAGCGGGAUAGGGAAGGCCUUGGCCGGGGAGCUGCUGAAGCUACAUGCCCGGGUCAUCAUGGCCUGUCGGGAUCUGCGGAGCGCUGAGGACGCUGCCCGGGAUAUCAGGAGGGAAGCGCGGUCAGAUCAGGGGGAGGUGGUCGUCAAACACCUGGACCUCGCUUCUCUCAGAUCAGUACGGAAAUUUUGUGAGGAAGUUAACAAGGAGGAAUCCCGGGUUGAUGUGCUGAUAAACAACGCUGGCAUCUACCAGUGUCCCUACUCUAAGACAGAAGAUGGUUUUGAGAUGCAGCUGGGAGUGAACCACCUGGGUCAUUUCCUCCUCACUCACCUUCUCCUGGACCGUCUGAAGGCUUCGGCGCCGAGCCGCAUCAUCGUGGUUUCCUCCAAACUUUACAAAUACGGCCACAUCAACUUUGAUGACUUGAACAGCGAGAGGAGCUACAACAAGGCCUUCUGCUACAGUCAGAGCAAACUAGCCAACCUGCUGUUCACGCUCCAGCUGGCUCAUCAGCUCCAAGGAACGGGGGUCACAGUCAACGCCCUCACCCCGGGCAUCGUGCGGACCCGACUGGGCAGACACGUUCAAAUCCCUCUGCUGGCUAAGCCACUGUUCCAUCUCGCCUCGCUGCUCUUUUUUAAGAGUCCAUUGGAAGGAGCUCAGACGCCGCUUUAUCUGGCCUGCUCCCAGGAGGUGGAGGGCGUGUCGGGGAAGUGCUUUGCUGACUGCGAGGAGGAGGAGUUGAUGGAUAAAGCUACAGAUGAACAGGCAGCCAAGUCCCUGUGGGACAUGAGCAGAAGGAUGGUUGGACUCACCAACUGACCAGAGGCCAGUUCUGGUGAUGGUAUUGUAGGGACUUAAGUGUUCUUGGACUAAUCUUUUGCAGCCUUAGAGACAGAAUUCUGCCAGAGAUGGGUUGUGAAAACUCUAUUUGCCACCCUGGGGGUAAAAACAUUAAUGAAAUGUGAUAAUUAAGGAUCUGUGAAGAACAUUACAUAGAGAUGAUGGGAGAUUAUAAAGGAUUUUAUUUUGAAAGUGGUUGUUCUGAAGUAGAAGGUUUUAUCACCCCCAAAUAACUCUCCGGGGUUUUAGUUUUGCUGUUUGCCAUUUAUCCUUCAGAACAUUUUCUUCCACACAAGACUUGAAAAAGUCGCGUUAUUUAAGGUGGAACAGAAACAUUUUAUUGCCAAAAAACAUUAAAAAAAUUAUCAAAAAAUCUUUCUAGUUUCUUGUAUCCAUCAAACCAAGUUCCUUUAAAUCUUAAACACAACAUGAUCUUUUCUCAGCACUACACCAAGUUCUGGACACAUCAGGAUCAAAGCUAAGCUGAGCUGUCACAUUUACCUUCAUGGUGAGGUCACAUUCUUGCUUACUCCCUUCAAAGCAUCAGAGUUUAAGUUCACUGUGUGUUGUGAUGCAGAAUUUCUGCACACUAGAGCUUUUGUUUUGCAGAGCCAAGGAAAAUGUGGGUAGUUCCACAAGGAAGACCUGUUAUUGCAGGAAUGAAUUUGCACUUAGCCAUAGUUCACAGACUGUAAAAAAGAAAAAAAUACGUAGAUUUUCCAGUAAAAUGCCGGCAGCGGGGGUUGCCAGAAUAGUACUGUAAAAUUACGGACAAAACUUUAUUUUCUUUUAAGAUGAGAAGGUAUUUUUAUGGUUUCUACGAUUUAAAGUGGUGCUGAAGUCAGUAUUUUAUUGUAGAAGAAAAAUGAACAUGAAAAUAAUCUAUAAAAUAAAAUUUGUGCCAUUCAAA